AUGGACCGCACCACCUGGCUGGAUGGCCUUCGAGGCAUCGCAGCGGCCAUCGUCGCGACAGAUCACUAUUUCAUGGGCGGCGUUUUGGAUAAUGCCUUCCUCUCGUUCUGGGCAGAUCCACCCGAAAAAAACCGGAGGCUUAUCCAACUACCUCCGAUCCGCCUCCUUUUCGCCGCACAUGCGAUGGUCCCGUUGUUUCUCGUGAUCUCGGGCUAUGCGAUCUCUAUUAACCUUCUACGAAUUCGAAAUAACAGCGACGAAGGCGAUUUCGUGCGUCGUCUGUCUUCUGCAGUCAGCAGGCGAAUUUUCCGCAUCUAUUUACCGGUUUUUGUGAUCGCCGUUAUCUCUCAGAUUCUUUACUUUUGUAACAUCUACCAGUGGAAUUUUGGUGAUGAAGUUGUUUGGGGCAGGAAGCCUUGGACGGCACCAUGGUUGCAUAUCACCUACGUUUUUCGAUACAUGCUCGACAUUACAAAUAUUAUCAAUUUUCAGGGGAAUCCUGGCUUCAAUGGCCAACUUUGGACAAUGCCUAUGGAGUUCCGAGGGUCCUGCAUUGUCUACAUUACAGUCCUGGGACUGGCAUUCUGGAGGCCACAGCUCAGACGCAUAGCGCUUGGAUGCUUGAUGAGCUAUUGGUUCUACUUUGGUCUCUGGGAUGUCUUUGGCUUCCUAGCUGGUCUGUACCUGGCUGAGAUGCGACUUCUAGGGGUCAACUCGGCAUAUGAGGAGUUCAAACUGCCCUAUCACUCGCUGAACCUGAGUCGUUGGACAUCAAAUAUGAAGUCGAUCAACUUCUCGGCAAUCUGGAACUAUUCCUGCUUCAUAUUCGGAAUCUACCUACUCUGUCUUAGCGACGAUGGACAACUCCCACCUGGCUAUCUAUUCCUCGAAACUGUCGAAUCAUCACGCUGGGAGAACGACUGGGCAGUUCUCAGCAAAUGCUGGAAGAGCGCAGGCUCAGUGCUUGUGGUAUAUGCCAUCAGUCAGCUGCCUCGUCUGCAAAGGCCGUUGAGUUCAAGACCAAUGCAGUACCUGGGCAAGAUCUCGUUCUCGCUCUACCUCGUGCAUCAGUCUGCUUACCACCUUGUGCGUGACCCUGUGAGGAACCUUUUGUGGUACAUUGCAACGAGAGAGCCGUAUCCUGGAACAGAGAACGCCAGUCAAUUCACAGUACCUUUUGCAUUUACAUGGCUGGUGGGCUACGUGAUCAUGUCUGUGAUCAAUUUAUACGCAGCACACCUAUACACCAAGUAUAUCGACGAACGCUGUGUGGAGAUGGCAAAAAGGCUUGAUAAGUGGCUAACCCGGCAAUGA